AUGGCGCUUUUGACUGAAAAACUUCCCGUCAUGGAUUUUGCUGGUCUCAGAAGAAAAAGUCUUGAGCGACUUUCGCGAAUUCCCUUGAUUUUGCGAAAAAAUCGACCAAGAAAGAUCAAAUCCGAGCCGGUUGUUUUUGAAAAUGAGAAUUUCGAGUCGAAAAAGAUCGUGCCAGUAGAAGACGAACGACAAGAGAAAGAAUACGACUGUGCCAAGAAACCGCCUUAUUCUUACAUGGCCAUGAUCGAGAUGGCGCUUUCUUCGACCCCCGAGCACCGAAUGUCGCUUCAAGAAAUUUACCGCUGGAUCGAGAACCGCUUUCUUUAUUUCAAAACUGCCAAGCCGGGAUGGAAAAACUCCGUCCGCCACAAUUUGUCGCUCCACGACAUUUUCUACAGGGACAGUCAAAAUACUUCCAAAGUGUCGUUUUGGUGCAUGAAGAAGAAAGUUCAACAGCUGCCGAAUAUUGAAGAUCUUGAAGGUCCCUGCAUUCCACAAAACCGCCUUCCUCGCCCCGAUCUCGCUGCUCCUUCAUCAUCCGACAGCUUUUUCCUGAAACUCGAGCCUAUUUCCGAAAACGCAGCUGAAAGCUUCGAAGCCUUCCAAACGCCGAAAAACCGCCAAGUCCUCUCGCAAAUUUCCGUCAAUCGAUUGCAACCGCGCAAUUCGCAGCAAAAGGAAAAUAUCUCGCCGACGAUCUGCUCGAAUUUGGAAAAGACGCCGACCAUGCCAUUUCGAAAACGAGUUCUGGGGGAGAGGAAUCUCAAUUCUAGCGCGAGCCCGAUUCAACAAAAGAACAGUCUUUUGGAGGUGCAGAAAGGAAUUAGCCCCCCGAAAAGCCAGGACUCAGGUUUUCAAUCGGAUGCUACUUCCUCGACAACGCUGAACAACAUGAAUUGCGAUCCAGCGACGCCAGUAAAGAACUGCUCCUUCGACGCGAUCGUCGAUCGAUACUACGUCGACGACAUCAACGAAAUGAACUUCAGUCGAGAUUCGUUCAUGGACUUCAUCAACGACCUUGCCACGCCAUUUUCUGCCCUGAAGAGUUCGACGAAAAAAGCUCAUUCCUCGACGAAGAAAUAUCGAUCGCCUUUCAAUCCUAUCCACAGCUCAACUCCAGCGAGAAAACUCGACUUCGGGAACAAAAGAAAAAGCUCCUCCCGCGCUUUGUUCCAAGAUGAUGCCAAUUCCAACAAAGAAAAUCAUGACGAAAGUCCCAUUCCUUUCAAACGAGUCCCAACUGCUCACAAGAUAGAAGACCUCUUGCCCUGA